GUGUUCAAUACCAGGACCAGAGGCCAUGGGCACAAAGUGAAACACAGGAGAUUUCUUCUGAACAUCAGGAAAUACUUUCUUACCGUGAGAGGGACCGAGCACUGGCACAGGUUGAGCAGGGAGGUCAUGGAGUUUCCUUCCUUGGGGAUAUUCAAAAACCACCUGGACAUAAUCUAGGGCAACUGGAUCCAGCUGGCCCUGCUUGAGUAGAGAGGAUGGACAAGAUAACUUCCAGAGGUCCUUUUCAACCUCAAUCAUUCUGUGAUUCUGUGAUUUGAAGUUCCCAAUUAAUUCAAUGGAAGCAAAGUUAUAUCAAUUCCAAAGCACUUUAAAAAAAAAGAAAUCUCUGUGCAUUAAUCACUUGGACAUUGGCAUUUUGAUUUCAGUUCUCAUAAUAUCAAGGCUGUGCCUGUACUAAUGACGAAAAUAUAUCUAAUCAGUAACCUGAAUAGAAUGCAGACUUUAUAACUUUUAUAGCAAACACCAGGUUGAUGACCUCCUUGAAACCUUGUGGUUUUCCGUGUUCUUGGACUUUCAUACUUGGACAGUGAGCUACAUGCUCAUCCAAUCACACACAUUUGGCUAGCAAACAUUACUUGUCUCUGUAGUGAACUGAGGAUUCAUUAGCAAGUACAAGGGAAGACAACAAAACCAGCCACCAAUUGCAAGAAAAACAUACCCGUCACUGGGAAAGAGGUUUAUGGAGUAGUACAAACAUCUCAGGAAGUUUUUGCUGGAGGACAGAGAUUCAGAUUCCACAUUUUCUUUUUUCUCAUCCGUAGCAAAUACUUGGCUGAAUAGAGAUGGAGUGGAGCAGCUGCACUUCCAUUGGUUUAGUGUUCAUCCUGUCUUUUCUAUCCAUUUUGAAAGUGGGAAUUUUCUGGAAUAACCACCGGAGAAAGAAGUUUCCUCCAGGACCAAGAGCACUACCUAUCAUUGGAAAUCUCCAUAUGUUCGAUUUGAAGAGACCCUACAAAACUUAUCUACAGCUGUCAAAAAUAUAUGGUCCAGUCUUCAGUGUUCAGAUGGGGCAAAGGAAAAUAGUAGUGAUUUCUGGGUAUGAGACAGUGAAGGAAGCUCUUGUAAACAAGGGAGAUGCAUUUUCAGAGAGACCUAAAAUCCCAAUUUUUGAAGAUUUGACCAGAGGAAAUGGGAUUGUUUUUGCUCAUGGUGAAAACUGGAAGGUGAUGCGAAGAUUUACUCUCACAACCCUACGAGACUUUGGAAUGGGGAAAAGGGCCAUUGAGGACCGUAUUGUGGAGGAAUAUGGGUAUCUGGUCGACACCAUUGGGUCACAAGAAGGAAAGCCCUUUGAUGCUAGUAAAAUGAUUAAUGCAGCAGUUGCUAACAUAAUUGUUUCAAUACUACUUGGAAAACGAUUUGACUACAAAGACUCCAGAUUUGUGAGGCUUCUACAACUGACCAAUGAAAACAUGAGACUUGCUGGGAAACCUCUGGUUACGAUGUACAACAUCUUCCCAUACCUUGGAUUCCUCCUAAGGGCUAACAAGGCUCUUCUCAAAAACAGACAUGAAUUCAAUGAUUAUAUACAAACUACUUUUGUCGAAAACCUCAAAACCCUGGACAAAAAUGAUCAAAGAAGUUUUAUUGAUGCUUUCCUGGUUAAACAGCAGGAGGAGAAAUCCACUACCAAUGGGUAUUUCCAUAACGAAAACUUGCUAAGCUUGGUAAGCAAUUUGUUCACUGCUGGUGUUGAGACGAUUUCCACCACACUAAACUGGAGCUUUCUGCUGAUGCUGAAGUACCCUGAAGUUCAGAGAAAGGUCCAAGAGGAGAUAGAGCGAGUGAUAGGGUCAAACCCCCCCCGGAUUGAGCACCGAACUCAGAUGCCAUAUACGGAUGCUGUCAUCCAUGAAGUUCAGAGGUUCGCUAAUAUCCUGCCAUUGGAUUUGCCUCAUGAGACUGCUGCAGAUGUCACUCUCAAAGGCUAUUUCAUUCCCAAGGGAACCUACAUCAUCCCCUUACUGACCUCUGUCCUGCAUGACAAAUCCCAGUGGGAGAAACCAGACAUGUUCUAUCCUGAGCACUUUCUUGACGCCAAUGGAAAAUUUGUGAAGAAAGAUGCUUUCAUGCCGUUUUCAGCAGGGCGGAGGGUCUGCGCCGGUGAGACUCUUGCCAAGAUGGAGCUCUUCCUCUUCUUCACCAGCCUCCUGCAGAGGUUCACCUUCCACCGUCCCCCUGGAGUUUCUAUCUCAGACCUGGACCUCAGCCCUGCUAUUUCAUUUAACAUCAUCCCCAAACCCUAUAAAAUGUGUGCCGUAUCACGUUCCUAGAGUUCUACUCAGCACCAGUUGGUUUUAAAAAUGUUUAAAUUACUUUUUCACUAUAGCUGCCUUCUUAAUUCUUUGGCCAAAAUAAUUCACAACAUUACACCUUAAUGAAGGUUUCCAGUAGUUCUAAAACAAAAUGGUGUUCUUUUAUUUUUUAUUUAUUGGGGGAGGGCUGAAGUGGACCAGAAGCGUGUGGACUAAUUGAUGAGUCACGGAUCAACCUAUUAGAUCGCCUAACCUGGAGUAAAUGAUACAGACCCUCAGCUUUCACAUUCUUAUUUCAGUUUUCAUUUGGUAAUGUGUGUUUGUUGAAAGCAUAUCUCUCAGAAACACUCCCAAGUGCUGGUUUCUCCAAAGAGACAUAUAGACCAUGAAGCUGUGCUCAGCUUCUGCUAUCCUGCUCAAAGAUAAGCACUGCAGAGCCUCUGUGGUGACUGUGGGAUGUUCAGAGCUUCAGGUCUUCAGAACAGAAGGGUUGUUUAAGCUUGGCAGGUAGGUCGGUUUGAAGCUGGGUUGGAUAUACCAAUGUUCUCCAAUACCUCACUGUGGCUUCUCCCCCUGGCUUUUCUCCUCCAUCCUUCCCCUCUUCAGAAGCAUUCAGUCUCUGCUUCAGCCUAGGCAGUAAUCAGUGCUGACCCUCUGUGGCAUGCCAUAAAGCUCAGCUUUUCUUACGUUAGCUAUUUUACUUGGCACUAGAAGGAAAAUAUUCCCUGUUCUGCCCUUUCUCCUGAGAGUGUGUAUUGAAACAAGACAUUCAUUCCUUUUCCUUGAAGGAGACCCUCCUCUGAACUUUCCCUUUCAUUCAUAUGCCCUCUGAAGCGCCAACUGUGCCAACCGUACAUCCUCAUUAUUGGGUACCAUUUUGCAUCUCAGGGGGAACAACUUUAAAACAACAGGGCUGCUGCACUGUAAGUUGGAAUACUCCAGAUCCUCACAGUCUCUGUUGCUGUUGUGAGGAAAACAAAUAUCACUUACAGGACAUUUUCAUCGUGAUCUUAUGUAUGCCUGUCUUCUGAGCCAUGUUUGCAGUUGGAGAAGGUGAUGUUUUUCAUCAGUUAGCUGAUAUCUGUGAAAAUUACAUUUUAAUUAGCU